CUCCAACAAGCAACGCAAACAGUAGUGGCCCUCACCUCCCAGCCUUUCUCCCUUUUCCAUGCGCGCCUAUUUCGACCAAUGUACAUCCUUGGUGUCUUCAAAAUUGACCGCAAAAACGGACACACACGCACUUUGUUCGAGAGACGACGAAAUCUCUCUCUUCGUUUCGUGCAUGGCACACAGCACACAGCACUCUGGCCUGCCUCCUUGUGCAAAUGCAUCACUCAUAUGCUCCCGCCAAGGACGUGCACUAGGACACACACUACAAAAGACGCAGACCCGAGGCUGUUGGUCUGCUCGAGGCUCGGUACUGCUGUGACAGGCACACACACUGGACACACACACGCAAACCAGACAGAACAACAGCCAGACCGAAAAAUCGAGACGCAGCGAAGGACAGACAAAGAGGAGGUAUACCGAAGAGACAACCAGCCGUCCAGCCAAUCCCUUGGCACGGCCAUCCCAAGUCUUAAUUGCUCUUUUUCGACCUCACGAGGAUGGACGGGAGGGAAAACCCACAAACGGAGAAGCCAGCCCGUUGGCUAGUGCGAGACGGACCCGGGGGGCUCCUUGGCCAUGAUUUGCUUGCACUGGGCGUCGAAGGGGUGCACCUGCGACUGGCUGCCCGGGAACCACAUCGUCACCUGAGGAACCACACGACACCACCACUCAUUCACUCUGCACCAUACUCAAGCUGCUUGCGAUUGAUAUGAGUCACCGAGUUGCGCUGCCGCCCCGCCGGGAGAGCGUCUUCUCGGCGUUCCAGUCCCCCCGACGCGAUGGCCCCGAGUGCCAGGCCGGUGCCACCCAACAACGCCGGCUCGACAUUCUGCACGUAUAGAAGGAGACACACAUGGUGGGCAGAAGGCGUGAAUGGAUCGUGCUGGUGCUUACGAAGAGCUCCAUCACGAAAUAGCCAGACAAAGGGCUGAAGAUUGCGAACUGGAUGGUCCUGUAGGGGAUCCUGACGCAAGACAGACCAUGGAUUAUUUGCAACCGCCUGUCUGUCUGUCUGUCUGUCUCCGUGUCGAUUGGUUGGCCUGACCUUCCGAUAAGGUUCUCCUGGCCGUCCGAUUGCUUGGCGAACAAGGGAUACACACCGGACCAGACAAAGGAGCCCUGAGGAAGGAUGAGGAACUGAUUACUGGUGCUGCCCCUAUUCUGCAGGCCCCCGUCCUUGAGGAUCGUGAUGAGAAUGUAGAGGUCAUCCACACGGGCAUUGGUGAUGGGGAGGCGGUUCUGCCACGGCUCGUAGAACAGCGCGUCAAACCCGUACACCUCUACACACACACACACACACACAGGGCAGAGAAGUACGCGCAGCGCAGAGGGGUGUGCACCAACCUGGUAGACGACGUUUGGGUCUAUUCUAAAGGCAGCGACGCAGGUAGGCUGGAUGACACCCUUCUGGGGGUCCCCCGCCAGGGCAAUGUUCACCGGCACAGCACGGGGAGAAACCGCCCAAAACUGAGGAUACACACCGUCGGUGCUGGCCUCCAGCCCAUAAGCCUCAUGGAAGAAAUGGGCCGCUGAAUUAGGGUACUGUUGUGUGUUCUCGGGCUCGUCCAGGGUCUGUGGCACAUCCGGCCUGAUGAUCCGGGCCCGCGUCGUAGCCCCUGCUGAUGACCAAGAAGGUCUGGUACACCCUCAUGUCGUUGCAGGGGGGGAGAUGCCUUCGUUUGGUUGAUGUCAGCGGCAGCAGCUGCGAGGAGGGAAAGGCUCAGGGCCACCCCUGCGAACAGAAAAAGUGCCUUCGCCAAGGGGGGCGCCGACAAGAAAAAGGCGACAUUCGUGCCCGAAGUACAAGAUUAUUGGCCAGGAACACUCAUACCGGCCGUCCAUCCAUCCAUCAAUCCAUCAUCCGCUCCUGCGUCCAGCUCACCUGCGCUGCGCGUAGCUGUGGCCGCUGAUCGGACCGAACAGACGAAGAAGCCAUACAU